UUGUAAAUAGAGUUGACUUAUUUUCAGAGUCACACAUUCCUUUUGAUUUUUAACUAACAUUUGCACAGUACAAGUAUCUACCAUCGCCCUAUGAGGCCUUCGAGAACCGAACCUGCCUUGACACCUCGGCACCUGAAUUCAAGAACUCCCUAAAGUACUUUGAGAUAUACACAUAUGAAAACUGUCAGCGAGAAUGUGUCACACAGGAAGCAUACAACAUUUGCGGUUGUAUUAGGCCGAUGGACAAUGGAACUAUCGGACGAUUGUGUUCCUUGUAUGAGUUAAAUACGUGUUUUUUUCCGACAUAUCUUGAGUUGAAGAAGAAUGCAACGAUUCAGAAAGCCUGUGGCUGUCAAAUGCCAUGUUCAUUCGAGACAUAUGACAUCAAAGUAUCAACAUCAUCUUACCCAUCAGAUGCAGCCAUGGACUAUGUUAAGAAGCUAUCGACUUUCUCAGGCGAGGAAUCUAUCAAGAAAAACUUUCUCGAAAUAAGGGUUUUCUAUGAGAACCUUAUUAUCCACUCAACAGAACAGACGCCGCAAUAUACACCGCAGACCAUGUUAGGUAACUUGGGAGGUCAGAUGGGCAUCUAUCUUGGAGCCAGCUUCAUGACUCUCACAGAACUCGGAGAGUUCCUCUUCAGUCUGUGUUUGGCCGUCUUUAGAAGAUGUAAAUGCGGCGGCAAAGUCAUACAUGUCAAUCAUAAUCAGCGCUAAAGCACAAUGAACCUGCCCUGGUAGGCAACAAAAGCAAUAUAACAAUGGAUCUGUCCUCUCUCCUCUCUGUAAGAUAUAUUACAUUUCAAGUAACAAAUAUUCACCUCAAUGUGGCAAGAAUGUGAACAAUCUGAUGUAAUGAAAUCAAAGAUGGACAUUGAUGGUUUAGACAUUACCAUCCAGCGAGCUCACCCUGUCAGACUCGGGAAAUCCAUCGUAGUCCAGUUUCUCAGUUAUUGUGAUCGAGGUGAUGUUUUGAAGAAGACAAGGUCUUUGAAGGGUUCUGGAACAGGACUGUCAGGAGAUUACUCUGUUACAGCCAGAUCUAAAAGAAAGAAAUUAAAAUCAAUUAUGGAUAUUGAGAGAGGGGAAGGGAUGAGAUGUCGUCUUAGGUUCGACAAGCUAGUGUUCGAGGACGGAGAGAUUGCAACAUGAAACCUGGAGACUGACUCGGCUGUGUUCACCCGUCGACGUCUUGAGCUGAUCAGUCUGACACCGGGCGUAUAUAGGGGGAUGUCCAGCCCUCGAUGGACGAGUUGUCUCCCUUUUGAAUUGGAACAUUCAUGGACUCUCUAAGAAACUUAACAGUGGUGAACAGUUUUUGCUUGCUAUACUACAUCAUCACUUUUUCAGAAAUAUGGAGCAUUUGUGAUAAACAUGAUAUCCCUGACCA